AUGCGCAUUCUAUCGUUACCGGCCGCACUGUCUAUCAUCGCGCUUACGACGGCGCUCCCGACGAUCACGUCGAACGACAAACCACUUCCUCUGCUCAUCUGGCAUGGCCUAGGCGACCGAUACGAUGCAGAUGGCUUGCAUUCCGUUGGCGACCUAGCGAAGGAGAUAUAUCCAGGGACGCAUGUUCAUUACAUCAGCCUAGACGACGAUGGGAACAACGACUCUCGUGCGACCUUCUUCGGCAACGUGACAGAGCAAGUGGCGCAAGUUUGUGAAGACCUCAAGAAUAACACUAAGCUCCAUGACAAACACGGCAUUGUCAGAGCAGAUGCACUGGGGUUCAGUCAGGGAGGGCAAUUCCUCCGAGGUCUGCAGCAGCGUUGCGAUGGGGUUAGCAUCAGGAGCUUGGUGACAUUUGGCAGUCAGCACAAUGGGAUUGCACAGUUCAAGGCUUGCGGGACGUGGGACUUCGUGUGCAAAGGCGCAUUGGCCCUGGCUAAGGGCAAUGCAUGGACUGAAUAUGUUCAGAGCCGAGUCGUGCCCGCGCAGUACUAUCGAACACUCAAUGAGACCACAGGCUUGGCCAGUGAUGACUACCUCGAGCACAGCAACUUUCUGGCUGACAUCAACAACGAGCGGGAGGUCAAGAAUGAGACGUACAAGCAGAGGAUCGCAAGUUUGGAGAAUUUCGUGAUGUUCAUGUUUGAGGAUGAUACGACUGUGAUACCGAGGGAGAGUGGGUGGUUCGCAGAGGUCAAUACAACCAGCGAGAAGGUGCAGCCUUUGAAAGAGAGGGCAAUGUACAAGGAUGAUUGGCUUGGUUUGAAAAAGCUCGAUAAGAAGGGUGGACUCAUCUUUCAAACGACACCUGGGGAUCACAUGCAAUUAGAAGAGGAUGUUCUGAAGGGCACCUUCGAAGAAUACUUUGGACCAGAAAAGGGGUUGUUCGGGAACAUGAACAUGCAUGCUUGCGGUGCAUACAACUACACUUUCAGAGUGCCGACACCACCGCGUAUCGUCGUGCCGCCACCUGCUCUCAAUGCCGACGCUGUACCCGAGAUCGCGAUCCACGCCCUUCGUAACGCCAGCUACAACUUCCUCUCACAAGUCAACUACAACAACCUCGUCCAAUCGAAUGCGCCCCUCGAGUGGACAUAUGAGCGCCGAAGGGAGGCUCAGACGAUCCUGCCGUUUCUGUGCCUGGGACCCAUGACUGCCGCGAAAGAUGAGACAUGGCUCAGGAAGGAAGGCGUCACCAUGCUGUUGGGUGUACGGCAAAAGCACAGCUUCGAGAGCAAGCUCAUGAACGGCGCACUUAGGAAGGCACGGGAGAUGAACAUCGAGCACUACACUGUGGACUUGGCUAGCAACCAAGAACUGGCCUCCAACUUCGACAAGACCACAGCCAUGAUCAACGACCACCUUCGACGGGUGCACGAGAAGACAGCCGGCCAGCAAAUGGGCAAGGUUCUUGUCUUCUGCGAGAGUGGUAACGAGCGUAGCGCUGGAGUGGUGGCAGCAUUUGUGAUGGAAACCCACGAGGACGUCGACUACAUCAAGGCUGUGCAACUGUGUCAGGCCCAGCGAUUCUGCGUUAACUUCGACGACAAUAUGAAGAGGCUGUUGCAAGGAUACUGGGAUAUCUUGAUGCAGUACCAACUACAAUGGUUUUGCUUCCCGCAACGAGGAAUUGGCGUUCGUGAUGAGGCGGCAGGUUGGCUGGCCAGUUAA